CGAAAUGUAAAUGAUAUCUUUAAUUGUGAAACCAGCAAGCGGAAGUAGCCAUCUUGGUUGAACUUUACAGUAAUUCACCGCACCCACUGGAGGCAGGAGGCUGCCUCGGACACUGGGCAAGCUCGAACAUCCUUGUUUUGUCUCUGAGUCCACAACAAAAACAAAACAAAAGCACACAUUUUGACGUCGACAGUUUAAGCAGACAUGGCUCGUGAGUGGAGAGGGAGCCACUCGUCGCUGAGUUAGCUGACUGGCAGCUCCACACCCCCUCCCUUCCCUGGCUUUAAUUCAACACCAUGGCCAAGCAGUACGAUGUGCUCUUCCGACUCCUGCUUCUCGGAGACUCUGGGGUUGGAAAAACAUGUUUGCUAUGCAGAUUCACCGACAAUGAAUUUCACCCGUCUCACAUUUCAACCAUAGGGAUCGACUUUAAAAUGAAGACUCUGCUAAUAGAUGGUAUCAAAGUGCGCAUCCAGAUAUGGGACACUGCAGGCCAGGAACGCUACCAGACCAUCACUAAGCAGUACUACAGGCGAGCGCAGGGAAUUUUCCUGGUCUACGACAUCACAAGUGAGCGCUCCUUCCAACACAUCAUGAAGUGGGCCAGUGACGUGGACGAGUACGCUCCAGAAAAGGUCCAAAAGAUCUUGGUCGGGAACAAGUCGGAUGAAGUGGACAAGAGGCAGGUGGCCACAGAGCAAGGUGUCAAGCUGGCCAGAGCUUAUGGAAUGGAUUUUUUUGAGACAAGUGCCUUCACCAACCAAAACAUAACAGAGACUUUUACACGGCUGGGCGAGCAGGUGCUGGCGGCCAACAAGAAGGACCUGGAUCUUCUGCGGAUGUCUCUGAACGACGAGCUGAACCUGGCCGCUCUGGAGGAAGAGGAGGGACUGUGUGACGGCGGGUCCGCCGACCAGGGGAAGGGGUGCUGGUGUUAAAAGACGGAACACAAAGCGUUGAACUGCCUCCUUCAGACGCACCGAGAUGCGGGGAGUGCGUGGCGACUGUGUUUGUUCCUGCCUAAUGCUUGUCCAUCACCCGUCGGGAAAUUGUAUUAUGGAAAGAAGUUUAAACAUUUAUUCAAUAUCCUUGAUAACCAGCUUCAGGUCAAUGUACUAGUGCGCUCUUUGUCAUCACUAGUAUGACAAUUUGGCGAUACUAGUAAAGCAACUAGGGCGCACUAGUAGAAUGACUGUGUCUUACUAGUAAUGUUUUCUCAACGACUAGUGCCAUUUCUGGCCUUCUAGUACACAAUUGAACUUUACGAGUAAACUACUGUGCUGUACGAGUAACACUACUAGGCCCAACUAGUAGGCAUGUGUCAAGCACUGAAAACCGCCUGAGCAUUUAUUCAAUAUCCUUGAUAUCCGGCGUAAGGUCCAUGUACUGGGUAUGCUUUUUGUCCUCACUACCAGGAUAACUUUGGCAUGCUAGUAGGACAACUGCAUGUUACCAGUGAGGCAAAACUGUUCACUAGUUGCAAAAUGCGUGCUGCUAGUACAACUAAUGACUUCAUAAAAUUCUACUAGUUAACAUCUAGGGCAGUGAUUCUCGUAUGUGGGCUCCCUCUAGUGGUAUAUGAAAAAUCUAUGUUAGAGUGGCUUAAACUUUAUUUAUUUAUUUAUUUUAUUUUUUUGUAAGUCCAGUACACUACAUUUGUUAUGUAGAGUUCAGCUGUAUUUAACUUUUAAGUAGACUACCGUUGCAUUUAAUCUUUUGAAAUUGCUUGUUUUCAAAUAUAUAUUGAGGUACAGUUUUUAUUUAUCUUAAUUGCAAUACAUUUUUAUUAAAUAAUCUAAGUAUCCAUCCAUCCAUUUUCUGUAUCGCUUAUCCUCACUAGGGUCGCGGGCAUGCUGGAGCCUAUCCCGGCUAUCUUCGGGCGAGAAGCUGGGUACACCCUGAACUGUUCGCCAGCCAAUCGCAGGGCACAUAUAAACAAACAACCAUUCGCACUUACAUUCACACCUACGGGCAAUUUCAAGUUAAUUAACCUACCAUGCAUGUUUUUGGGAUGUGGGAGGAAACCGGAGUACCCGGAGAAAACCUAUGCAGGCACGGGGAGAACAUGCAAACUCCACACAGGCGGGGCCGGGAUUUGAACCCCGGUCCUCAGAACUGUGAGGCAGAUGUGCUAACCAGUCGGUCACCGUUCCGCAUCAUUUAAGCACAGUUUAUUCAUUUAUUUAUUAUUUAGAUUUAAGUGGCGUGUUGAUGUUUAAACUGUGUAUACUGUUAAAGUGGUUUACAAUCACAUUAAAUAUACAUUUUAAGAAUAAAGCCCAUGACUUGUUUUUGAUGAACUCUUAGGCCUACUGCGCUACUGUAUUUCAGUGUUGGUUAUGAUGGUGGUACUUGAAGAGCUAAGUAUAUUUUUUUAGGUUGUACUUGUGAACAGUUUGAGAGCUAGUGCUUUAUUAAUAGUACUAGUAUUGCGCAGAUGUCAUAAAGUGUACAGUUUUGCUUCACUAGUAACAUGUCAUUGUUGUUCUUGUCUGUCAAAGUUGUCCUACUAGUGAGGACAAAGAGCGUACACAAACCUUAAACUAGAUAUCAAGGAUAUCAAAUAAAAACCAAGAUGUCUUCCCAUACUCUUCACACGUAAGACAGCUACAUUGUACAACCCCAAUUCCAACGAAGUUGGGACGUUGUGUUAAACAAAAACAGACUACAAUGAUUUGCAAAUCAUGUUCAACCUAUAUUUAAUUGAAUACACUACAAAGACAAGAUAUUUAAUGUUCAAACUGAUAAACUUUUUUGUUUUUAGCAAAUAAUCAUUAACAUAGAAUUUUAUGGCGGCAACAUGUUCCAAAAAAGCUGGGACAGGCUCAUGUUUACCACUGCGUUAGAUCACCUUUUCUUUUAAAAACAUUCAAUAAACGUUUGGGAACUGAGGACACUAAUUGUUGAAGCUUUGUAGGUGGAAUUCUUUCCCAUUCUUGCUUGAUGUACAGCUUCAGCUGUUCAACAGUCCGGGGUCUCCGUUGUCGUAUUUUACGCUUCAUAAUGCGCCACACGUUUUCAAUGGGAGACAGGUCUGGACUGCAGGCAGGCCAGUCUAGUACCCGCACUCUCUUACUACGAAGCCACACUGUUGUAACACGUGCAGAAUGUGGUUUGGCAUUGUCUUGCUGAAAUAAGCAGGGGCGUAAAUUGAAAAAGACGUUGCUUGGAUGGCAGCAUACGUUUCUCCAAAACCUGUAUGUACCUUUCAGCAUUAAUGGUGCCUUCACAGAUGUGUAAGUUACCCAUGUCAUUGGCACUAACACAGCCUCAUACCAUCACAGAUGCUGGCUUUGGAACUUUGCUGGAUGGUUCUUUUCCUCUUUGGCCCGUAGGACAAGACGUCCACAAUUUCCAAAAACAAUUUGAAAUGUGGACUCGUCGGACCACAGAACACUUUUCCACUUUGCAUCAGUCCAUCUUAGAUUAGCUCGGGCCCAGAGAAGCCGGCGGCGUUUCUGUGUGUUGUUGAUAAAUGGCUUUUGCUUUGCAUAGUAGUUUCAAGUUGCACUUACGGAUGAAGCGCCAAACUGUAUUUACUGACAUUGGUUUUCUGAAGUGUUCCUAAGCCCAUGUGGUGAUAUCCUUUACACAUUGAUGUCGGUUUUUGAUGUAGUGCCACCUGAGGGGUCGAAGGUCACGCGCAUUCAACGUUGGUUUUCGGCCUUGCCGCUUACAUGCAGUGAUUUCUCCUGAUUCUCUGAACCUUUUGAUGAUGAUAUGGGCCGUAGAUGAUGAAAUCCUUAAAUUCCUUGCAAUUGUACGUUGAGGAACAUUGUCCUUAAACUGUUCGACUAUUUUCUCACGCACUUGUUCACAAGGAGGUGAACCUCGCCCCAUCUUUGCUUGUCAAUGAAUGAGAAAUUCAGGGAAGCUCCUUUUAUACCCAAUCAUGGCACCCACCUGUUACCAAUUAGCCUGUUCACCUGUGGGAUGUUCCAAACAGGUGUUUGUUGAGCAUUCCUCAACUUUCUCAGCCUUUUUUGCCACCUGUCCCAGCUUUUUUGGAACGUGUUGCAGCCGUAAAAUUCUAAGUUAAUGAUUAUUUGCUAAAAACAAUCAAGUUUAUCAGUUCCAACUUCAUUGGAAUUUGGGUUGUAGAAAAGAGUUUCAAAAUCAGUGUAAAAUUUAGACAAUGUUUCCAAACUGUUCCAUAUUGACUAGAUUUGUUUUGUUAUCUUUUCCCCACCAGAGCAAAUGAACAUUGUACUCACAAUUGCCCACCAUCCACCUCUUCAGUGGUUUUCAGUGAGUACAUACAUUGGUACUUUUUCAACUGUUUAAUGCACUAUUGUACGAAGUUACCCCAAAAUGGCGCUAAUUGUAACGUAGUGUGCACACUGGAGAGACGUUCAGGGAUGUUUUUCUUUGGUUGUCGAUCAUUUUUGUUCACAUCCAAGAAGUUUGUGCUUAAAUUACUUUAAUUAACUCAUUAAUUAAGGGGAAUUUAACACAUAUUUCUUUAUAGUUUGAAAUCUGUGAUCUCUAAUCUUGAUGGUUUAAUGACCGUCCUUUUGAAACGGGCACAGCAGGGUUUUCCAAAACACAGAAUUCACAUAAAAAGGAAUUUGUGUUACCACAGUAAGGUACGUGCAUAGAUAGAGGCCCACAGUGGUGUUUUUCAAGAGCCAAAAUCUCAGUUCGUCCUGGAGACAAGUGAACAGUUUUUGCACGCAAAUUUUAUUUGAUUGCAACUUCAGUGAAGUUAAAAAUCAGCUGGCUGUAAAUUCAACUCUUAUGAUUCAACCAGAGAUGCCUCUCAGAGACAGAAUGAACAUCCACUUUGUGUGCAUCCGUUUCGUAUUCUUAAACACUACACGACAAUGGGAAAUGACAGAGUGUGUGUGUGAGUGUGUGUGCGUGCGUGCGUGUGUGCGUGUGUGUGUGUCGUUGAAUGGUGUUCUGGAUUGUAAACUCUAGAAUCGUAAUACAGAUGUUGUUUGAAAGAAGAAAAAAAUAACUUUUCUCCCUUCUUUAGACCUACUUGACUAGUAUUUGUGGAACUAUAUUACAUUGUACAAGCAGAAUGCAGCAUAUUAUUCUUGAAGAGAAGUUGUCACGUUUAUGAGUAAAUCCUUGCAGAUUUAAAACCGUGUUCAAGGGUGUUCUUUUCUUAUUUAUGGAGAGACUGUCAUGCUACUCAAAGCUAUGGAUUUUUUUGUGAAGCAACAUUUCUCACUCUGAUACCCCUGGUACAGCAGCCAUUAACUCCCACUGCAACACCUAAAAUAGCUUGCCUAUUUUUUCUAUUGCAGUACCUGGAAAUAUUUUGGCUUGUUCUCACUCUCAUGCCCCUUGUACACCUCCCCUUUGACUCUCAUUGUAGGACCUACAAAGAUUUUUGGCUUAACUCGGUGCCCGCAUUGACUCUAAUUGUUUUCUAAUUGAAGCACUGAUAAAUAUUUAGUCUUUUUCUCACUCUCUUGCCCCUGGUGCACCUCCCCACUGACUUUCAUUUUUUUCCCCUGCAUCCUCAUCCCAUUUCAUUUCAGAAAAUAAACUGUUUUGUCUCGG